UCUUCUAGGUCAGUAGAUAUUUUCGAACACCACGCCGUAGGUAACUACUACAGUUAGUUCAAGUUAUACCCUUUUGCUCGUGAAAGAUUUUCCUUUUUAGUGUCCGUACUCCAUUUUGAUAAAUUUGAAUUCGUCGAUAUGAAACGACGACGAAGACGACGAAAUUAUUUAAUGAAAUGUCAACGAGUUGGAUAAAUUCAGUUGGAACGUAUACGUGAAUGCAGUGCUUCGAGAGAAAACGAGGAUUUCGAAGAAAAACGAUGAGUUCAACUGCGUCAUCCAGUACUGCAUCUCUUUGCAUAAAUGUAAACGAUAAUAAUCGACGAUACUCGACCGACGAUAAUAGAUGCAAUUAUCAAGAAUUGGAAAACACCGGGACGGCUCGACUUUUACCCGAUUGCCGGAACGACAAUUCACGUGAAAAAUCUAAAGGAUUCUUCGAUAAUUUACGCGUUGACACAUCUCGUUUUCGCACGAAAGGUGUGAUCAUAAUUGGUAUCGUGGUUGCAGUGAUCCUCAAAAUAAUCAUUGCCGUAUGCCUUUACGCCAUCCAUGACAGUUUAAAAUAUCACGAAAAUGAAGGGACUUUGUUGCCACCAGAUCCGGAGUACAACCAACCACCAUCCUGGAGCAAAUUGAGGGUCUUUAAACGUGGUGCAGUUUGUGCCGAUGGUGCACCAUGCGCCGUCAUUGGCAAGAACAUAUUGGAAAAAAAUGGCUCGGCGGUGGAUGCAACGAUCGCAUCAAUGAUAUGCAACGGUCUCGUAAAUAUGCAAAGUUUGGGACUAGGUGGUGGAUUUCUUAUGACCAUUUAUGAUAGAUCAGCUGGUCAAGCUUAUGUAUUAAAUGCGAGAGAUAGAGCACCAUUAUCAGCUAACGCAACUAUGUACACUGAUAAACCUAAACACGUUUCUUCGAUCGGUCCUCUUUCUAUUGCGGUACCUGGAGAAGUGGCCGGUUAUUGGGAAGCUCAUAAAAGAUUUGGCAAAUUACCAUGGGCAGAUCUUUUUCAACCUAGUAUAGAAUUAUGCGAAAAGGGUUACAAUGUAUCCAAAAUUCAAUACGACGGAUUUGGAUACAACGAGAAGAAUAUUUAUUCGGAUCCUACUUUAAAGAAAUUAUUCGUCGAUCCGAAAACGAACAAAUUCAUCAACAUCGGUUCGAUCGUAAGACCCAAAACAUUAUGCGAAACGUUAAAAAUCAUUGCUAAAGAGAAUGCUACAGUAUUGUACAAUGGAACGCUUGGUGAAACGGUCGUUGAAGAUUUACAAAAGAGAGGCAGUAUUAUUACAAUGAAGGAUUUCAAUGCAUUUAGAGCUACGUGGGAGAAACCAGUUGAGGAAAAAUUUUCAAAUGGUAUUAGACUUUUUACACCGGGAACACCAGGCAGCGGAAGUUUACUCAGUUUUAUUUUAAACAUUUUCGAUGGCUUCCGAUUUACGUCCGAGAGUUUGUCGGACUUCAAUUCGACCAUCGUAACUUAUCAUAGAAUGUUAGAAACCUACAAAUACGCUUAUGCCUUACGAGGUAACAUGGGAGAUAAGGAUUUUGUCGAUAUGACGGAAUUAAACAAUAAUUUAACGUCAAAGGAUUACGCGAAUCAGAUAAGAAUGAAGAUAGAAGAUACUAAAACUUGGGAUGAUCCAAAACAUUAUGGGGCUUCCAUUUAUAGUAAUACCGAAGAUCAUGGGACAGCUCAUAUUUCAGUUUUAGCACAAAAUGGUGACGCCGUUUCGGUUACCAGCACGAUUAAUUUCUACUUUGGUAGCGGAGUAACCAGCGAGAGAACUGGUAUUUUAUUUAACAACGCCAUGGACGAUUUUGGAAUACCAUUUAAAACUAAUUACUUCGGAGUUCCACCUAGUCCCAAUAAUUAUAUCGAACCUGGUAAACGACCGAUGUCCUCGAUGGUACCUUCAAUUUUAAUAGAUGAAAAUGGAGACGUUAAAUUGGUCGUUGGUGCAUCGGGUGGUACUAAAAUAACGACUGCUGUCUCUCAGGUGAUUGCCAAAAUUUUAUGGAUGGGAAACACGGUUAAGGAAGCCGUUGAUGCCCCAAGAAUACAUCAUCAAUUAUUUCCUGCUGAAGUUUCUUACGAAUAUGGUGUACCCAAACAGGUGAUUGACGGUUUGAAGAAUUUGGGAUACAAAACGUCUCGUUAUAGAGAACGUGGUAGCGUGGUAUGCGUAAUUUUCUGCCAUAAUGGUACAAUACACGCAAAUGCGGAUUACCGAAAGGGUGGUGACGUUUAUGGCAUCGAUUGAACCCUGUCUCUCUCUUUAUCUCUUUUGUUAAAUACUUUUUUCAUGUGAACAAGAAAAAAAAACAAACACGAAAUGCAAGUCAUUUUCUAGUACAAUUAUUUCCAAUUCCAAUAAAAAGUUUUACACGGUA